AUGAGGAAGCUUUGUGACUACGACCCCAGGUCCUGUCGCCCUCAUCAUCGUCCUGAUGCUGUUUCCUGUCGUCCCGCAGUGUUCCACUUCUCGCAGCGCUUCACCACGGUGGUUCCAGAGAGCUGCAUGCUGAUCCUUCUGGGUCUGGUUCUGGGCGGGGUCGUCCUCAUAGCCAAUAAGAAGCAGCUGUACCAGCUGGAGCCCGCCCUCUUCUUCCUCUUCCUGUUGCCGACCAUCGUGGGCGACGCCGGGUACUUCAUGCCGGCCCGCCUCUUCUUCGACAACCUGGGAGCCAUCCUGACGUACGCCGUGGUGGGAACGCUGUGGAACGCCUUCUGCACCGGCUUCUCCCUGUACGCUGCCAAACUGCUGGGGGUCAUAGAUGAGCGCGUGCAGGCAGACCUGAUGGACUUCCUGUUGUUCGGAGCGUUGAUCUCAGCUGUUGACCCCGUGGCGGUGCUUGCUGUGUUCGAGGAGGUUCAUGUCAACGACACGCUCUUCAUCAUCGUGUUCGGAGAGUCGCUGGUUAACGACGCUGUCACAGUGGUUCUAUAUAAGGUCUACAUCUCCUUCGUGGAGGUCGGAGCGGAGAACGUUCAGACAGCUGAUUACUUCAAAGGAGUCGCCUCCUUCCUCAUCGUCAGUGUUGGUGGGACUCUGGUGGGUCUGGUGUUUGCAGUCCUCCUCGGCUUCAUCACUCGGUUCACCAAGAAGGUUCGGAUCAUCGAACCGUUGUUCGUCUUCCUGCUGGUCUACCUGGCCUACCUGACCGCCGAGCUCUUCUCCCUGUCCGCCAUUCUGUCGAUGACCUUCUGUGGUAUCGGCGCCAACAAGUACGUGGAGGCCAACAUUUCCCAGAAGUCUCGGACCACGGUGAAGUACACGAUGAAGACGCUGGCCAGCAUCGCUGAGACCAUCAUCUUCAUCUUCCUGGGGAUCUCAGCAGUGGACAAGUCCAAGUGGGCCUGGGACACCGGCCUGGUGUCCUGCACGCUCGUCUUCAUCCUCGUCUUCAGAGCUGUGGGUGUGAUUGGUCAGACCUGGAUUCUGAACCGCUUCCGCCUCGUCCCAUUGGACAAGAUCGACCAGGUGGUGAUGUCGUACGGCGGCCUGCGAGGGGCGGUGGCGUUCGCUCUGGUGGUGCUGCUGGACGGCCAGCAGGUCAAAGCGAAGGAUUACUUUGUCGCCACGACGAUUGUGGUUGUCUUCUUCACCGUCAUGUUCCAGGGUCUCACCAUCAAACCUCUGGUGAAAUGGCUCAAAGUUCCUCGAUCCACCAGCAGGAAGCCGACCAUCAACGAGGAGAUCCACGAGAGGGCCUUUGACCACAUCUUGACAGCAGUGGAGGACAUUGCAGGACUGCAGGGGUACCACCACUGGAGAGACAAGUGGGAGCAGUUUGAUAAGAACUACCUCAGUAAGCUGCUGCUGAGGAAGUCUGUGUACAGGAAGAGUGAACUGUGGGAGGCCUAUCAGAAGAUCAACAUCAGGGACGCCAUCAGUGUCAUCGACCAGGGGGGGAACGUCCUGACCUCAGCCAGAUUGUCUCUGCCCUCGAUGGCCAGCAGAGCCUCGUUCCCUGAAGUCACCAAUGUCACCAACUACCUGCGUGAGAACGGCAGCGGUGUGUGUCUGGACCUUCAGGUGAUCGAUAACGUCCUUGGAGCCAAAGUAGAGGAGGACAUGGAGACGCAUCACGUUCUGGCAGGGAACCUGUACAAACCCAGGAGACGGUACCAGUCCCACUACAGCCGUCACUUCAUGCCCCUGGGGGAGAAGGAGCGUCAGGACCGGGAGGUGUUUCAGAGGAACAUGAAGAGCCGCAUGGAGACGUUCAAAUCCACCCGACACAAACGACACAAGAAGGAGAGGAGCCUGAAGAAGCGCCGAGGAUCCGACGCCAAGGAGGACGGCAGCGACAAACCCAGACGCAACGUCAGCUGGCAGGACAAGAACCCAGUGGUGGUCCCUGUGGAGUCAGAGGAGGAGAAAGGUGAACAUUCAGACCCUGAGAAGGACGAAGACGUCGGCAUCACCUUCAUCGCUCGCAAGGUAGAGACGCCAAAACAACGACCCACAUCAGUUCCUGCAGCUCUGGAGGGGGUUCAGAGUCCAUCAGCCGGCCCCUCCUCCCCCCCCAGGGCAGACAGCCACCUGCCGUGGAAGGGCGGCGUGGGUUCUCCUCCCCCCUGCGUCUCCGUGGAGGCCACAAAGAUCAUCCCUGUGGACCUGCAGCAGGCCUGGAACCAGAGCAUCUCCUCCCUGGAGAGCAUCUCCUCGCCGCCCGCACACACGGAGCCCAUACACCCCCGUGUCAGCGCCCUCUCCAGGCUGGGAGGCCCCCGCCCGGCCUCCUACACCCCACCAGGCAGCGCGGCGGGCAGCAUGGCAGGCAGCACCUCCUCCAUCGGAGGUCAGGUGUCACAGGGCUCCUUCAGCUUCCCAGAGAAGAAGAAGAAGGAGGAGGAAGAAGAGGAGGAGGAGGGAGCGCUGCAGGAGAUGCAGCCGCUCAUGUCGUCUCUGAGGCCCCCCGGCUCCCUGCCCCCACCCCCGCCGCCGCCAGGCUCCGCCCUCGGCUCAGGGAGGAGGAGGAACCCCUGCGUCUACCUGAGGAGCCUUGUGACGGCGCCGCCGCCUGGCAGCGGCGAGCCGCACAGCCGAGGCCCCACCCAGCUGUAACAGAUCCCACAUCAGUCAAACAUCUGACGCCUGCAGAGCGGACUGCAGGACGCCAUCACUGCAACACACACACACACACACACACACACACAGACAUCAGGCGGCCCGUCACAUCGUCCAAUCAGAAAGCAGCUCCCUGCGUCUCCUCUCAGCUUCACAGUGUCACUCUGAUGGUGGGUCAUGUGACCCUCCUGCAGUCCGAGUCAGCUUAAAGGUUUACUCUGCACCACCCGUCCAUCAGUCUGUCCAUCAGUCUGUAAACACCAUCAUCAGUGAACGUCAGCCUCUUGAUCUGGAGCUUUGUCCACUCGUGUUUCUCCCUGAUACAUUUGUGUUUAUCCUGCGCUCUCUGUGAUUUUCAGAGCUUUCUCUGCUUCCUGCUGUGUACGCUCUGACACCUGCUCAUUAACUUGUUAUAAAGUCCUGAUGUCACCUGAGCGCUGUGACCACAAACGUCCCAAACAACAGCAACAUAAGACCACCGCACACUGAGAGCAGUGAUAGGGCCCAAACCAUACUUUAAAAACGGUACUGGUGCCUGAAGUGAUACUUAAACCCUGUGGUUGUAUGACUCCGCCCACCAAUCCACCCUGUGGUUGUAUGACUCCGCCCACCAGUCCACCCUGUGGUUGUAUGACUCCGCCCACCAGUCCAGUGUCUCUGACAGUCUCCAUUCAUGUCAGUGAAAACAUGGAUGCUUCACACACAGAAGAUCUAUACAAUCAGCACAGUUUCAAGAUUAGAGUCACCAAUUCAGUAUCUGACCAAAUGUCUCCCCUUCUGUUCCUGAGAUAUGACGUUAAAACAUGAUGAUGUCACAGUCAAGCUGACCUUUGACCUUUUGACCUUCAUUAUUUUAUCCUGUUAGACAUUUGUGUCAAGUUUGGUCAGAAUUAGUGAAUGAAUUCAUCAGUUAUGGACAAACAUGUUUAUGUUUGAGUUUAUUUGAGUCCCUCGAGACCCUCUUGAGAUUGAGAUGGAUGUAAGGUCACAGUGAACUCUGACCUUUGACUGACAAAUUCUAUUGAGUUUAUUCUUGAAUCAAAGUGGACGUUUGUGCCAUAUUUGAAGAAAUUCCCUUGAGGUCCUGAGAUAUUGUGUUCACAAGGAUGGGAUGGAUGCACAGACAACCUGAAAACAAAAUGCCUCCGGCUGCGUCUGUCGCCGGUACAGUACAUUUAAAAAAAAAAAAAAAAAAAAAGCACAAACAACGUUGACAACAAAAAGUUGAACUUGAAAUUGAACAAUAUAUAAAAUCUCAUCAGUUUAAAGUUACUUAAUUGUAUAAAUAUAUAUAAGAACAAAACAAAUGUACAUAUUUAAACCUGACUUCAAUAAUUAAACAUCAGAUAACAGUAACAGUGCCAUUAACCAGAGGUGGGGGACUCGAGUCACAUGACUUGACUCAAGUCAGACUUUGAGCUGCAAAUUUGAUGACUUGAGACUUGACUAACAGGAUCAAAGACUCGACUUAACUUUGACUUGGUAUUCAUGACUUGUCACAAAUGACCUGACAAGUAUUGACUUUUUUAUGAUCAGUAAUUUUUAUUGUUUUCUUUUGAGCAGAAAAAAAACAUCAGAUCAGCCUUCAUCAUAUAAAAACUACAAAAAUGUGAUUUAAGGACUGAAGAGGUUCCACAGCUGUGUGGUCAGAUAGAAGACAGAGCUCACACAAACUGACUGAAACAAAAUCAACAAAACUAAGAAAUAAAAAUAAAUAAUUAAAAAAGUAAAUACAUCAAACAAUCAUUGGCAGACGUGUAAAUAACUGAUUGUCACAUGACACAAGUCUAAAUGAUGUUUAAGGGUCUGAGUCUAUAUGACAUAUAGAUACGUCAGGGACUUUUAAAGAAGGAGAUGUGAUAUGUCUUCACCUGACUGAUGAGCCUGUAGGAGACGAGUCUGGAAUUUUAAUUAAAUUUUUGCAUUUUUCUAGAUCUUAAGAAGUUACAUUUUGUCUUUGAAUCAUCAGGUGAUUUCUAAUGUGUGUACAAACCUGACGACCUGUUAGGACGCAGCCAACCAGCAGAGGUCAACACACAAGGCAGCUAUCAGAGGGGGCGGGGCCAAAUAUAAUAAAGUUAGGAUUUGAGGAUUGAGAUGUCGACGACGAUAGUAAGAGACCAGCUGUAUGCUAACGUCACUGAUACGACCACCACAACAUCGACUGCUGCAGCAAGCCAACACGCCGUCUGUGGUCAUUUUGACUUGACCAGCUGACUUCACUACAAGCUGAUUGGCUGUUGAAACAGGUGACGUGCUUUAAAACCAGCCGCCGGCCAUUUGACCAGCUGAGUGUCAGAUGACACCAUCAGCUGGUUUGAGUCCAGCUCAGACCGGCCAGUUCACACCGCUGACACUUUUCUCUGUGACGUUCUAAAACAGUUUCAUCUCGUCACCAAUCUUUGGUCCGAACUGGACUUAAGACUUAAGACUUAAGACUUGAGACUUGCACACGUAUGACAUGCAGCCACCUCUGCUAAUAAUGGCAACAUACAUUUUGUGUCAGGAUCAAUAAUGAUCUCCAAUAACUCUGCAGAGACUCUGCAGACAGACAUUUCUGUGUUCUCUCUUUAGGAGCAGCUGAGACCGUCUCUACGAUAAAAAAUCACCAUGGUCCACCUUAACAGUCCACCUUAAAUGAGCCUGGUCAGGUUCUAGUGGGAGACUAGCUUCAGGACUAACGUCCGUCACUGUAGCAGGUGAUGACAAACAGGAACUUGUAACAUUUAUUAUCUAUUCAUUGACAAACAACGUGAACGGUUCACACACUUUAACUUUACUCUGUCUGCUCGGCUCGCUGCAGCAUCGCUGUCACACACACACACACACACACACACACACACACACACACACACACACACACACACACACACACACACACACGUUGUUUUACCACGCAGAUUUGCUAUGUAAACAAUCUGACAUCAAAAUGGGGCAUCAAAAUCUGCGCUGUGAUUGGCUCCUGUAGGUACAGGUCAUUAAGGAACCAGUACCCACCUGUCACUGAGAGCAGGUCAUCAGUGAUGGUUACUGCUGUAUCAGUGUGUUUUUAGGAAACUGGUGCAGAGUACAUCUUUAACAUGUGACUGCAGGAGUCAGAGGUCACCUUCUCGUCCAAUCACUGCUGCUGUACAUCACCAGCUCUCGAGGGAAGAUUAAUGCACACACAACAGACAGUUGACGUCUUUUUAACCCUUAUUUUGUACAUCUGAUGACAUUUUGUCUGUAACUUUAAUCAUCAGAGAGACUUGAGGAAAUAUUCGUCCUCAUUCGGUCGUUGAGUCCAUCGGCCCGACACGUCCCGCUGACAGAAUCAGCCUCACACUGCUGCUCGUCUGUACGUCGUCAUAGGAGAAGAUAAACAGUGUAGCACUGAUCAUAUCUACAAUCAAUACAAUGUAAUCAAUCAUGUGCUGGAGGGGGAAACUGACUGAUGAUGACUGUUCAUUUCAAACAUGUUACUGACACACGGUAUGAUGUGUUGUGAUGAUGAUCCUUUAAUGGAGGUCAGGCUGACAGUGAGCCUCACCUGCUUCACUCUGAGCUGAUGAACCCUCUCACCUGUAUUUAUCCCAUCAGAGCUUCUCAUUUAAAAUCUGAAAUGUAUUUUAUAAAGCUGCAGAUAUCUUAGAUCUACAGAGGAGUUUAUUUUGAACGACCAAAGUGUGUAAAAAGGAGCAUAAGAACAUUUAUACAGUGUGUAUCUGUCUAUAACUGCCUUACUCUGCUGUGUGUCCAUCGUCCUGUGUGUGUGUGUGUGUGUGUGUGUGUGUGUGUGUGUGUGUGUGUGUGUAGGUGUAUUACUCCACCAGCAGGCUGUGCACGCUCUUUACUUUCACUCUGUCGCCUUGUUUUGCCAAAGAAUGUGUUCGCCUUAAUGUCAGAGCUGCUUUCACACACGCUGCUGCUGCUGCAGGUCACUGCACACACACGAUUCAACCAAUCAGAGAUAGACGCAGUGUCUCAGUCCAACGCUUGCAUCAUGACAUCACACGUUCCUGUGCUGAUGCUGUUAAAGCUGGGGAGGCAGAAAUCUGAUAAAGGCGGAAAAAAUUAUCAGAAUUAAAUAAUCAUCCUGCAGCUCCUCCCUCUCUGUCCGCGCUUCGUACAGUCACCCAGCGUUUCCCACCUGAUUUGUUUAAUCUUAUCUCAUUCUCUGCACCCCUCUCUCUCUCUCUCUGUUUAUCAGACCACAGAUGAGACAAGAAUUAGCUGCUAGCUCCGCCCACGCUCCCUCCGCAUCAUUGGGACUGCUUCGGCUCAAAUUCAGCCAGCUCAAACCCUCCAGCACCGGGUGUCACAGCGAGCUGGUGUCCAGCAGCAGCGUCAGGUCUAACCUGUGUAACAGCAGCAACAGAAAGUUUGCUGAUCUGGUGGGGAGGUGGGGCUGUCCGGUCCCUCAGAGCUGGGGUUUGAUCUGACUGGAGGUCAGUCUCUGGAGCUGCUACCUGCUCUCCACCCAGCGAGGUGGUCUGUGGUGGCGGAGAGUGAGGCGGAGGACACACUGGAAUUGGAGGCUCUAGCUAACGUUAGCUACAUAAACAUGAGUCUUCAGCUCCAGUUAGCAGAAGGUUAAACUAGUGCGAUGCUGUGAUGCUAAAAAAAAUGUAUCCACGUCUCUUUUGCCACGUAAGUUGAUGGGAAAAAGUUUUUCUGCGCUGCAGGGUUUCACGUGACGGACUAGGGAGCUGUAAUUCUACUGUUUGGCCACCAUGAAAAUUGGCUUCAAAGCCUGACGCACAUCUGCUCGUGUAGUACAGCCAAUAGGAACACUGUCUCUCUGAAAUGACCUGUGAUUGGACAGAGUCUCCUGAAAACAAGAGGAGGAGCAGGAGUCAAGUUUUCUCUCAGUGAGUUACAAUAUGAUCAAAGGUAAUUAUGGGAUUUUUGCCAAAUGAUGCCAAAACUAAACUGUCUACCCCAGCUUUAAAGGAAAAAUACUGCUCAUGUUGCGUUCAGGUCAUGUGGGACAGAAGAUGUUUGUGAUUGCUUCCAGCUGUCAGACUCAGUACUGCAGAAUUUAGCUCUCUGACAGUCUCACUGUCUCAUUAUCUGACUCAUAUUGGUAUCAAAACAAAAGAGACACAAAUAUUGGCUCCACGUAUUUCAAAGUAACUCUACCUCACUGCCGAAACACUCUGCGGAGAGAUGACUGAAUGUACGUACCCUUAUUUUGAAGUCAGAUCUGUCAGGAAAAAUCCAACUUCCCAGUCUUAAUUGUGACUUGGAUGGAAUACGCUGAUUAUGAAAAAUUCCACGACAUGAACGCGUCACAGAGUAGCAUGUACCUAUGAAGAAGUUCUUCCCUGUGUAAAGAAAUUCAGAAUGCUGUAUAAUAUAAUGAUCAGUGUUUUGUUUUCAGAGCUCUGUUUCUGCAGCAAUACGAGUCCAUCCUCCCUGUCCCUCCACAAGUCACUGCGGCAACGGCUCUGUUAGCCCUGUUAACCCUGUUAGCCCCGUUAGCUCUGUUAGCCCUGUUAGCUGCUGUGGCUUUAACCUCCUGAUGAACUUGAGUAUUGAUUUGUGGGUGGAGUGAAUGUUGAGCUGGUGCAGCAGGCUGUUUGUGUGUUGUGUCUUUGUCGUGGCCUCUUUGUGCAGCAGUGACUGAAACAACCGACAGAAACAUGCCGCUGCUUGCACAGAGGCCGUUCUGCUCAUAAGAUACUUGAACUGACACCAGACCAGUCGUGAGGAGGGGUUAACCGUCUGGUUCCACCACAGAGACCUGAAUGUGUUUCAUCCAGCUGUCGGCGUCAGUGUGGCUCUUUAAUCACUCUGUAUUUGAACACACAGACACAGGAAUGUGCUGCUGUCUUUGUCUCAUCUGUGAUUCAGGUCGUCGUGUGGAAAAUCGAAUGAAACUAAUCUGUCUUUGUGCCAAAUAUCUGUCAGCGUCGGCUUCUGCCCAGAGAACUACAAGUCAA